CGUUGACGUAGUCAGUUUCACACUGAACUCUGCUGAUUUUAGGAGUGAACACCGGGGUUGAGAGUGCUAGAGAAUGGUGGGCCUCCGCAGGGGCACGUGAGACACAAUUCGAAUUCAGGACGGUUGAAAUCGACGCGGCUCCGCUUCAGACGGUCCAGAUGACAGACCCACCGGCCGGCCAAAUGAACGCUUUUCCACCGAGGCUCUGAACGACUUCAGCUGCUAUCCUGUUACAUUUUGGGGGAAGGACGUGAAACAGCCCCCGAGACGGACAUUCACACGCCAAGAGGAAGUCUCGAAAGACCACAGGCUCUUAAAAGAGGCCUCACAGCACUUACCAGACACACAGGAAAAGCACCGAAAAAUCGCUGCUUUUGUCACGUUUCUGUGGAUUAUUGUUGCGGGUGGCGUUUUUCAAACUGGUACCACCCUACAACCGAAGCAAAAACUACUGAAAGUUUUCAGUACUGUCUUUAAUCAGCAACCCAGUGACCUGUAUUGGCUGAACUGCAUCUUAUUCACUGUGACUUUAAGCCCAGUUUCGUGAUAAAGUUACAUACACGUGUUCUGUUCACUUCCAAAUUUGACAUUCCAAAGAGGAAGUCUUAAAGAAAAAGCCCUUGUAUUUCACUUUUCAAACCUUUAUCCUUAUCAAACUUUUUCUUUUUGGAGGGUAGUAACCAUUUAUGAACGGUAUACAAGAUGGGGAAGAUGCUGUCAAAGAUAUUUGGUAACAAAGAGAUGAGAAUAUUGAUGCUCGGACUGGAUGCCGCAGGAAAAACCACCAUCCUUUAUAAGUUGAAACUCGGCCAGUCUGUGACCACCAUCCCAACUGUCGGUUUCAACGUGGAAACUGUCACCUACAAAAACGUCAAGUUCAACGUGUGGGACGUGGGUGGACAAGAUAAGAUCCGUCCCCUCUGGCGACACUAUUACACAGGCACGCAAGGGUUAAUUUUUGUGGUGGAUUGUGCUGAUAGAGAUCGCAUCGACGAAGCCAGGCAAGAACUCCACCGCAUCAUCAACGACCGCGAGAUGCGGGACGCCAUCAUUUUGAUUUUCGCCAACAAGCAAGACCUGCCGGACGCCAUGAAGCCACACGAGAUCCAGGAGAAGCUGGGACUGACGCGCAUCCGGGAUAGGAAUUGGUACGUGCAGCCGUCGUGCGCGACCACCGGUGACGGACUGUACGAAGGCUUAACUUGGUUAACAUCUAACUACAAGUCUUAAUGACACUGGCACUGACUGUUUAGGACAAAUUAACUCAAUAUGGGGAAAAUCACACUCUCCACCGAAUAUUCGUGCUGUUUUGAUUUAGAGUUAACAUUUAUUUUUGGUUCGUUUUCAAACGGCCCUCUUUGAAACAACGUAAUGGGUUUGGCUUGCUUUUAGUUUCCUGUCUACUGUGACGUACCCGUGUCACACACCUUGGACUAUUGCUUAACAUGAUAAAGCAUUCCUGAAUGAAGAUUCUCUAUUUUUUUUUUUCUUUGAUUGUAGGUUUUCUAUAUUUGUUUUCUCUACUUCAGCUUCUUUCUUUGAGAUUUCAGAGACAAAAAAAUUGACUUUGUCUCCUGCAAACAUUCCAAUAGUGUGUUAAAGGCAUUUUAUACCGAGAUGUAUCAAAACUGUCCAGGCAUCCACUGUAGCAAAGCACAGUUUUGCUGAGGAGGUUGUAGCAUACUAAUUGUAGGUAGCUAUGUGGUGUAACAGGUUUUGAACCGUGCCAUAGUUAUGAUAUCACUGACAUCCAAUGAUAAUCAACAUGUAAAUGAGUCCAUGGAACAUUUUAUGCAAAAGUCUAAUCGUGGAAGGCGGGCUUACCACAGACAUAACUUAUAUUCACACAGCAUAAUAGAACUGAGUGAUGUCUUGUGCUCUCGAAAGCUUGAAAAACCACAGAAAGGUGUUUGUCUGCAUUGCAAUGUAGCCCAAAACGAGUUCAACGUUAAAGAGACUUCAUUUUGAAACAUCGAGGGAUGCCUUUUGUAGCCCUUUUACCAUUUAGGCUAACUACAUUGACCAGAUUGUCUUUGACUUACACUCAUGUGUCUCUAAAAUGUGGGAUUGUUACGUUCUUGCAUUUCAAGUGUAGUGCUUGCGGUAGAGUGGACUGAGUUUGUCAUUUUGGAGAGAAAUGUUUCAUUCUAUUCAUUUCCUCUCUUUGCUUUAAUCAUUUUGAGAAACAUGUAUAGAAACAGCUAUGUAAUUGUAACUUCAGAUUAAACUUAGUCAUUUUAAUGCUUUUAGUUCAUUCUUGUUCUGACCAAUUCAUGCCGUCUUUGAUGCCUUUUGAUGCAUGGGAGUUUCCACCGUCAUUUACCAAGCCAAACCAAAGUCAGAUGGAAAAUGAAUUUAGCGCUGCUUAAAAAUUCCUCCAUUUCAUUUUAGUUUUGUUCUAGGUAGCGCACAUGGAAAAUCUUUUCUCGCUUUCCCUGAGUUUGCAGCCCAUAUGUAUUUACACAAUAUUUUCCAAACCCAGGACUCCAAGCACUUUGGAAUCCAUAGCAGAUAAGAUUCUAAAGAAUGUGUGUUGGGUUUAAUGUUUGACCUCGUCAUGUGUUUGCACACAGGACUCCAGACACCUUUCAAACAUAUGUGAACUGGCACAUUUUCAGUGAAUGAUUUAAUUAAUAAUCUAAAAGCCCACCAUUCAUAUAGAGAGCAACAUCACAGUGCAGUAACUCUUAGAUCCUCCUUUAACGUCUUAUCGCAAAUAUUUGUUAUAUGAACAUUUUAGUUUAAUCUCCCAAAAUAAGCUGUGUCAGGAUUGUGCUGUUUUGAAGCGGGUCUGCUCCACACCACGUGCCCCCAGCAAAUCCCACUGUAAAAACAGGAUGUCUCCCACUUGCUCUCUAAAGGCCACACAGCUGCUAAACUGUUGCACACAGAGAAGAGUAAUGGGCGGCUGGUGCUGGACGCCACAAAUGCUGCUCUUGCUGACAAAGCUGCUAAUAACAAGUGCUGUGAUCCCUUGUUGCUUUGUGCGCCAUCUUUAAUGAUUGUUAAACUGCUAGGCUGUCUCUUCUCCCUCACACGCCGGUAUUCAGAUCAGUCGAAGCCACAAGGGCCACAUCAGCCGCUCACAUUGCAGGAAAUGAGCUUGACUGCUGACAUAUUGAUGGUUGUUUUUUGUUUUUCUCCAUUUUUACUGAAGUUUUGGUGCACUUCCUUUUAAAGUGUGAUUUACUGUACUGGUAGUACAGGAAUGGAUACAGAUGUUCAGACUGUAAUCAACUCUGAGGGAUCAAGCAGCUACUGCCAACUUGUUGAAACCUGCUGUUAAACCAUAAUAGAGACUUUUGCAUGUUUGUUAGACAUAUUUACAAGGUCAGAACUGUUUGAAUUACAAAGCAGGUGAUUGUCACACACCAUGUUUUAUGGCUGUGUAUUGUCUUUCUUAUUUGGUUUGUAGUUUGCCGCAUAUGAGUUUAUGAAUA